AUGGAGAUAGAACCAGCCACAACCAACGAAGAGGGUGUUGCAGAAAAUGGUGAGACGAUGGGAGUUUCUGCAAAGAGAGGGAUGUAUCUUGUGUGGGAAGAUUUAACUGUGGUGGUUCCAAAUUUUGGGAAUGGACACACCAAGAGAUUGAUUAACGGGUUGAGUGGAUAUGCUGAACCUAACAGAAUCAUGGCUAUCAUGGGUCCUUCUGGCUCUGGAAAAUCCACUCUUCUUGAUGCUUUAGCAGACACAAUGCUGGGAACACUAACGGUGAGAGAGACAAUAAAUUACUCAGCGAAACUAAGGCUUCCAAGUAGCAUGAGGAAAGAAGAGGUGAAUGAGAUAAUAGAGGGAACAAUUACGGAGAUGGGUCUUGAAGAAUGUGCAGAUAGGAUAAUAGGGAAUUGGCACUUGAGAGGUAUAAGCGGUGGAGAAAAGAGAAGGCUAAGCAUAGCACUUGAAAUCCUCACAAGGCCUUCUCUCUUGUUCCUUGAUGAACCCACCAGUGGUCUCGACAGUGCCUCAGCAUAUUUUGUUGCCCAAACUUUGAGAAAUUUGGCUCAUGAUGCCAAGACUGUUAUCUCUUCUAUUCACCAACCGAGCAGUGAGGUUUUUGCUCUCUUUGACCAUCUCUUUCUUCUUUCUGGGGGUCAAACAAUAUACUUUGGACCUGCACAAAAGGCAACUGAGUUCUUUUACAAUGCAGGAUUCCCAUGUCCAAGUAGAAGAAACCCUUCUGAUCAUUUCCUCCGUUGUAUCAAUUCAGACUUCGACGCUGUCACAACCACUAUGAUGGCCUCUCAAACACUCCAU